UAUGAUCGGCUAACUGUAUCAAGCAUUGAGUUGAAAUUAGUUUGAAAUUUGGAGUUUUGAAGGGUAUUGAUGGCCUCGGAGAUCGAGGUCGUUGAGGAGGUGGAAGCCGCGGCUGCGAAUGGCGGGGAGGCCUCGGCAGUCGCGGUGGCGGAGGAGGAGAGUUUGAGGAACGACGUCUAUACGGCGGCGGCGUAUGGAAACAUGGAGAAGCUGCAGAGAUUGGUAGAGAGCGAGGGUUGUUCAAUCUCCGAGCCCGAUGGCCUUGGCUACUAUGCUCUCCAGUGGGCGGCUCUCAACAACCGCACUGCGGCAGCUCAAUACAUCAUUGAGCAUGGAGGAGAUGUUAAUGCUGCAGAUCAUACAGGACAAACAGCAUUACACUGGACUGCAGUUCGAGGUGCAAUCCCAGUUGCAGAGAUUUUACUCCAAGCGGGUGCUCGCGUAAAUGCUAGUGAUAUGUAUGGUUAUCAGGCAACCCAUGUUGCUGCACAAUAUGGCCAUACAGACUUUCUGUAUUGUAUUGUUACAAAGUGGAAUGCUGAUCCCGAUGUUCCAGACAAGGAUGGGAGAAGCCCUUUACACUGGGCUGCAUACAAGGCUUUUGCUGAUUGUAUACGACUUUUGUUGUUUCUGGAUGCAUAUCCGGGACGACAGGAUAAAGAGGGGUGCACUCCUCUUCACUGGGCUGCUAUCAGAGGUAACCUUGAGGCAUGCACAGUAUUAGUGCAGGCUGGGAAGAAGGAAGGCCUGAUGGUGAAAGACCAUACUGGCCUUACGCCUGCACAGCUUGCUUCUGAUAAAAAUCACCGACAAGUUGCUUUUUUCCUUGGAAAUGCUAGACAGCUGUAUGACAAAGGUUGUGAUGGCAACAGCCUACUUGGGAAAUUUUCAAAAUUAGGCCUUGCUCCAACACUUUGGUGUAUAAUCAUUCUGCUACUUGUAACUUAUAUUCAUGCCGUCAUCUUGGCUCCAAAUCUUCCAAAAUUAACUGCUGCCAGCGCUUUCUUUGCAUGGUUGGGUGUUUUUAUUGCAACUUCUGCACUUGUUCUGUUUUAUAUGUGCAGCAGCAAAGAUCCAGGGUACAUUAGUAUGAGCUUACGUGAUUUGCAAAAUAUAAAAGAUGAUGAACCAUUGUUGAAGAAUGAUGUAUAUCACCCUGCUCUGCUUGCUGGGAAUUGGUCUCAGCUAUGCUCCACGUGCAAGAUUGUCCGCCCUCUUCGUGCAAAACAUUGUUCUACUUGUGAUCGUUGUGUAGAACAGUUUGAUCAUCACUGCCCUUGGGUAUCUAAUUGCAUUGGCAAGAAAAACAAAUGGGAAUUUUUCUUGUUUCUUGUUCUUGAUGUAUUGGCUAUGCUAAUAACUGGUGGAGUCGCUUUUACAAGAGUCUUGACUGAUCCAAUGGCCCCAUCUUCUUUUGUUGCAUGGUUAAACUACACUGGUACUCAACAUAUCGGUGCUAUCACAUUUAUAAUUGCAGAUAUUUUCCUCUUCUCUGGUGUUUCUGCCUUAACUGUGGUACAAGCUUCUCAGAUUUCCCGCAAUAUCACAACGAAUGAAGUGGCUAAUGCACCACGCUAUAGUUACCUCAAAGAUCAAAACGAUCAAUUCAGAAAUCCUUAUGAUCAUGGGCUCAAGAAAAACUUUUCAGAUUUCUUGAUAAAUGGUUACAGUCCUGAUGUGGUCUACACAGCAGCAUCAACUCAGCCUGAGGGAAUCGGGAUGAUGCAUAUAACUAUGAGUUCAACCCCAUAAAAUGGUGUUGGCCAUUCCCAUCAGACCAAGGAAAGUAGCCACGUAACUAUAGACGUGAAUACGAGCCCAGGUAUUGGCCCAUUGUGAAAUGCUGCCCAAACUGCAGUUUCAUGCUUCAUAGUAUAAUACUGCGCCUUGUUUGUUGGGAAUGUCGUCCUUCAUACACACUGUUAUAUUAUGUUGUAGGGAUACAAGCUUGCAAAUGAUAAGAAUGAAUUUGCAGCUGUUUGAAUUGGCGAGUUUGUAUAUCUCAAACUAACUCUCAUAUUACUCUACCAAAAGAGUUGUUAAAGGUACUCUGAUCUAUACGACAUUUUUCUUCAUUAUUUCUGAAAUACUUACAAAUAGAUAGAUUAUAGAAAAAUUAUAGGGUACCGAAAGGCUCUGGUGCCUUUGGUACCACUACCAUUAUAUAUACAUUCAUGAUUGUAACAAGUACAAUUAGAAACUAUUAUUCAAUAAUACACUUUUUCAUUAUGUUAUUUUAUACA